ACCUCAGGAUCUGAUCUUUCAGGUGGUGUCAAGAUGGAUGACGGCCCAAGUAUGGAAGAGAAUGGUACUGACCCCUUGCACUCAGAGAGCCCGCCACAGUUCAGGGAAUAUCUCUCACUGCCAGCAGCUGGACCCGUUUCAUCCUCCGAGAGCGCUGUAAGCUCAAGCGAUUCUGGGUCAGAAAGUUUGCACAUGGCUACUGGUGGCCUUGACCACAAAUCACUUUGUGAGAGGGAGGAGGAAAGGAGAUCCACUUCUACCAUGAAGGGCAUUGUUCCAGCUCCUGAGAAGGUUGCCUGCCCAGCCUUCUGCAGCAAGGACCCAGCUGGAUCCGGUCUGUCCUGUGGGAACCAAGACCAGGGAAUCCCUGCGGCUCACAAAGGCUGCGGCUCCGUGUUCACGGAGGAUGGACACAUUUCUGCCAACGAGAAGGAGGUGGAGGCAGAAUUCCUCAGGCUGUCCUUGGGGCUCAAGUGUGACUGGUUUACCUUGGAGAAGAGGGUGAAGCUUGAAGAGAGAUCCCGCGACUUGGCCGAAGAGAAUCUGAAGAAGGAGAUCACUAACUGCAUCAAGCUGAUAGAGUUGUUAACCCGCCUGUGCGAGGACGACAGCCAGGCCCAGGAACUCCUGAAGAAGCUGGAGAACAGCGUCACGCUGCUGGGCCAGUGCGCAGCGCGGGUGGCCAGCAGAGCUGAGAUGCUGGGAGCCACCAAUCAGGAAAGCCGGGUGAGUAAGGCCGUUGAGGUGAUGGUUCAGCACGUGGAGAACUUGAAGAGGAUGUACGCCAAGGAGCACGCGGCGCUGGAAGAGUUGAAGCAGGCUCUCCUGCAGAACGAGCGCUCCUUCAGCCCCCUUGAGGAUGACGAUGACUGCCAAAUUAAAAAACGUUCGUCUUCUCUAAACUCCAAGCCAUCUUCGCUGCGAAGAGUGACCAUUGCUUCUUUACCCAGAAAUCUUGGAAAUGUGGGAAUGGCGUCUGGGAUGGAGGAUAAUGACAGGUUCGGGAGGAGAUCGAGCAGCUGGCGAAUUCUGGGGACAAAGCAGAGUGAGCACCGUCCAUCGUUACAUCGAUUCAUCAGCACCUACUCGUGGGCAGAUGCUGAAAAUGAGAAGUGUGACCAAAAAGCUAAAGACAACUCGGAACUCCUGGGAGAGGAAGUGGUGGAAAGGACGAGAAAGCCCAGCCUUUCUGAGAAGAGCCAUGACGACUCGAGGUGGGAUGCCUUUGCUGUGGCCGGCGCGCUGGCGGCCGGGGUGGCGCGGCACAAGGCGGCCUGGCUCUGGGCGGUUGGCAGCGUGCUCCUCGCCGGCCUGCUGAGUCUGCUCGCGGGCAGCUUCUUCCACGAGGCCGCCGAGGCCGCCCCCACGCAGGACGGCGACUCCCGGGCGGCGCUGGCGCACAUCCUGUGGCCUGUUGCCGGGCUCCAGCACAAUGGGCCCCCGCCGGUGUGACUGCGUGUGGCUGCACCAACACACUUACGGCUCGUGAGUUUUUAAACCUUUCUGGAGUGGCAAGUGGAGCCAGGCUUUUCAGAGAACCCCCACCCCUGG